CCUCUUCCGCUAUUUACACCGUCUCUUUUCUCUCUCUUUCUUCCUCUUUAAUUUUUUUUUUUUUUUUUGUAAGUUUGAUUUUGCAGGUAGCUCCAAUGGGGAAAUCCUCCGCUUCGCUCAAGAGGAAACGUUCCAAGAAUUCCUCUAAGGCAAAGGGAAGCAGUAGAAGUAAGAUUAAGAAACAUAAAUCCAAGAAGGGUCGCCGUCGUGAGGUUUCUCUUUCUAGCUCUGACUAUGAUGAUUCAAAAAUUUUGAUUUCUGAUGAUAGUCACCGAAGGAAAAGGGAUCAGUCUCGUGCAAGAAAAGAUGUGAAAGGUCGUAAGAAGAGGGCUCGGAGACGAUCAUCUAACCGUGACAGCAGUGUGGACUCUCUCUAUGCUAGGAAGAGGAAAAAGGCAAAGCGGAAAAAUGAGAAUGAUGAGGUGAGGGAGGAAUCCCACCAGAAGAAAAAAAUUAGGAGAGAAGCAAGUGCUAAUUUGGUGGGAAGUGGAUCAUGGAGCUGCUCGACAUGUCAGGGUGGGAGUGAUAGCAAUGAUGACAGUCAAUAUGAGAGCCACAGGGGAAGAACAGAAAGAAAAGAGAAAGACAAAAGAAGGUUGGAGAGAGGAAGAAGUGGAAGUGAAAAGAGUAGUAGAUACAAGGCCAGAAGUUUUUCGUGCAGUCCUCGUAGUGAACAUAGUUAUGAAGAGACCGAAGUGAAGUAUAUAGGGGAGAACAAUUCUAGAUGGCUCAGAUCAGUUAUUACUGUUACAAAAGAGGCAGAAGAAUCUAUGGAAUUGUGUAGAAAUGAAACCAAGGAGGAGAUUGUAGAUGAUCAUGAUUACCCUUGUAGAAGUAAUGACAGUAAUGAUGGGGCCACAAAGAGAGAGUUGGAUCAUCAUACACAUACUGCAUCAGAAGAGAAAGUAAGAGUUGAGGACGAGAUAGGGGAUAUGAAUGCUGAUCUUAACUUCACAGAGCCCGAACUUGGAGAUAGGAGCUACAGUGACAGGAGUGACCUUAAAGCUUAUAGUGCUGGGACAAGUGAAUCUAUGAAGAAGGAAACAAGUGAAACUUUUGGUGCUAAUCUGAAUGGUGAUGACUUGGAGUCAAUUCUAAGACAAAGAGCGUUGGAAAACCUGAAAAAGUUCCGAGGUGAGGUCCAGUCUUCUGCAAAAGCUUCUGAUCAGAAAAAUAAAGUUGUUAGCCAGGUGAAGCAACCAAUUACUGAUAAACAUGAACUGGUUCAAGAUAAGUCUAUUGUCAAUAAAGAGGCUGUAGGGACAAAAUUUGAUAAGCAAACCCCUGUAGAAGAAACUAGUUUGCCUGUUGGGAGGACAAAUUUAAUUGCUUAUCCAAGAAACAAGGAAAGUGUUUUAAACAAGGAUAAAGAUAUAUCUGGUUCUUCUAAACUUCAUUUCGCCUCUGCACCAGGAAAAGUGAUUGAUGCAGACGACCCUAGUGAAACAAUCACUGAAUCCACUAAUCUUGGGACGAGCAAUUUAGAAUUGACCACACCAGCAUCUUGCCAUGAUUCACUUCAAAGUCACUCAUCUCUGAAGCAAACACCUGUGGCGGGACUUCCUCAGGAAAAAUUGGACGUAGCAGAAAUUACUAAGAUUAAGGGUACUUUUGAAUCUGCUCAUGUUUUGAGUCAUAGUAGCAAUGAUAAUGUCAAUAACAUUGGGGGAUUAUCUUCUGCUGUUCCUAAGCCUUCUAUUCAUGGACCUAAAUUUAAGCGUAAUAACCCAAGUAAGGGGCAAGAUGAUAUCAAGGAUCACUUUGAAUUGAAGCAAACAUCUACUUCACAUGAACCUCCCAAUGCAAAGUUUGUGGUGACUAAGGGUGAUGCCGAAAGGAAUUCAGCUAAGAUUACUCAAGCUGCAAUUCAGAGUAUUAAUAGCAGUGGCAGAGAUGUUGAUGAGUUUCGCAACUCUGCUACCCCAGAAUCUUGCCUUGAAAGUUCAUCAGUAGAGAAUAAUGCAGGCAAAUUGCAAGUUGAAUCCAACCAGGGUUCCCAGUUUGAGCAGAAAACAAUGAAUGUGAUGCGGGGUGGUGAAAUGGUAGAGGUUAGCUACAAGGUCUAUAUCCCUAAGAAAGCCCCUGCUUUGGCUAGAAGGAAACUUAAGCGAUGAUCUUCUAUCCAUUAUUCUGGUGAGAAAAAAGGGCUUUAUGGCGUUGUGUUCAUCUUGUUUGGCACAUGAAAAGAGUAAACACAUAUGCAGGAAAGCAUAGAAACUUGUGAAGAGAUGCUUUGUGGAUUCAUCCGUGUAUGAACUCUUAAGAACUGCAUCAAUUUCUAUUAGCUAUAUUUCAUUUUAGGUGAUGUCAUGGGGGAUCAUGAAUGUAGUCUGUUACAAGAAUAUUUGAUGCAACCCUUUCAACAUGAAGAAGACUUUCCAUCUUUUUUUUUUUGGGGGGGGGGUGUAACAUGAAGAGCUUACGUAAUUCAAACAAAGCAUUUUUGUGAUGUUGAUCGUUCCAAUAUGCAUGUCACUAGUAACUAGCAUAUCAGUGCUGUGAGAGAUUGGCUUGGAGUUUUCAAACCUUUCAAUUGGGCACAAACGAUGGUCCAUAGGCCUUGAGUAACUUCAAGGGGAUGCCAAUGAUUACUUAGCAUAGAUAGAUGAAUGUAAUAAGUUUAUUUGUAUUAAUAAACUCUAGCGUUGACUAUUUUCAGCAGUGUGAAGAAUUUCUCAUUUAACAGCAA